CCAGUUCCCGCCAUUUCUCUACUGGUAUCUUUCAAGCUUUCGAGACGCUCUUUCUUGGUCGCUGAUACUAUUUUUUGUUUUUGGAAAGUCUUAUUUGAAUGCUGACGUUUCGUCCAUGCCAUCUGCUUCGCCAUACUUGUCUUUCUCGACCUCUCAACCUUCGCUUUCCUCCAUCUUCCUCCCAUUUCCUCCCCUCUAAACCCUCUUUCUUUCGCCCUCCACCCCUCUUUCUUUCCCCCUUAAACCCUUACUCCAACAUGUCUUCUCGUCCCUCCGCCUUCGAUGCUCUCAUGUCCAACGCUCGCCGUUUAGCGGCAAAGAAAAACAGUUCCUCUUCUUCACCCACCAAGAAACGCAAAUCCCUCGAUUCAUCGCCAUCGAAGACCCAAAGCCCUAAUUCGACCAAAACCCAGGAUUCUACCGAGGUCAAGCCCGACCAAGAAAGCGAUAUUAAUGGAAUUGAAAAGCCCAUUGAAGAUUCCCCAAAAGCCAAUGCAGAUGAGACGCAGAAACCUCCCGAUUCGAAGAAAAUGAAGGUGGUGAGUGUGUCGGAGAGAAAUGCGGAAUUGAAGGGGAAAAUUGGGUCACUGAAGAAGAAGCCGGCGGAUUUUGACCCGAAAAUGGUGGCGUGUUGGGAGAAAGGAGAGAGGGUGCCAUUUUUGUUUCUUUCUUUGUCGUUUGAUUUGAUAUCCAACGAGACGGGUCGGAUUGUGAUAACGGAUAUUGUUUGUAAUAUGUUGAGGACUGUUAUUGAUACGACACCGGAUGAUUUGGUGGCGGCGGUUUACUUGGCAGCAAAUAAGGUUGCUCCGGCGCACGAGGGAUUAGAGCUGGGAAUUGGGGAUGCCUCGAUUAUCAAGGCCCUCGCGGAGGCCUGUGGGAGGACUGAAUCACAGGUUAAGAGUCAGUACAAGGAUAAGGGAGACCUGGGCCUUGUUGCACAAGCUAGCCGUUCAUCUCAAUCGAUGAUGCGCAAGCCUGAUCCAUUAACUGUUGUCAAAGUGUUUGACACCUUUCGUCUAAUUGCUAAGGAAUCUGGAAAGGAUAGUCAGGAGAAGAAAAAGAAUCGUAUCAAGGCACUUCUUGUUGCUGCAACUGACUGUGAACCUCAAUAUUUGAUUCGUCUACUUCAGACAAAGUUGCGGAUUGGAUUUUCAGAGCAGACUCUAUUAGCUGCAUUAGGACAAGCUGCUGUAUAUAAUGAACAACAUUCUAAACCACCUCCUAACAUUCAGUCUCCUUUAGAAGAGGCUGCUAAGAUUGUAAAACAAGUUUUUUCCAUCCUUCCAGUCUAUGAUAAAGUAGUGCCUGCUCUUCUGACUGGUGGUAUAUGGAAUCUUUCAAAGACUUGUAGCUUUACACUGGGUGUCCCUGUGGGACCUAUGCUAGCAAAACCAACCAAAGGGGUUGCAGAAAUUGUAAAUAAAUUCCAGGAUAUUGACUUUAUAUGUGAAUAUAAAUAUGAUGGAGAACGUGCACAGAUACAUUAUAUGGAGAAUGGUAUAGUUGAGAUAUACAGUCGAAAUGCUGAGCGGAACACUGGAAAGUUUCCAGACGUUGUAGCUGCCAUUUCUAGAUUCAAGAAGUCCUCUGUAAAAUCAUUUGUUUUGGAUUGUGAACUUGUUGCUUAUGAUCGGGUUCAAAAGAAAAUUUUACCCUUUCAGAUCCUUAGUACAAGAGCUCGCAAAAAUGUGGUAGUGAGUGACAUCAAAGUUGAUGUGUGCAUAUUUGCUUUUGACAUCUUGUAUCUUAAUGGGCAACCACUUCUUCAGGAACAACUGAAAGUUCGUAAGGAGAGGCUUUAUGACUCAUUUGAAGAAGAGGCUGGGUUUUAUCAGUUUGCAACAGCCUUAACAUCAAAUGAACUUGAGGAAAUACAAGCAUUUCUUGAUUCUGCUGUUUCUUUAAGUUGUGAGGGCUUAAUUAUCAAAACAUUGGAUAGAGAUGCUACAUAUGAGCCAUCAAAGCGGUCACUCAACUGGCUAAAAUUGAAGAAAGACUACAUGGAAAGUAUUGGAGACACAUUAGAUCUAGUUCCUAUUGCUGCUUUCCAUGGCCGUGGGAAACGGACUGGCUUCUAUGGUGCAUUUCUCUUGGCAUGUUAUGAUGACAGGAAUGAAGAAUUCCAGAGUAUCUGUAAAAUAGGCACGGGAUUUACUGAAUCAGAGCUUGAAGAACGUUCUGCCAGUCUCCGCUCUAAAGUGAUUCCUGAACCAAAGUCAUACUAUCGUUAUGGAGAGAUGAUGAAACCAGAUGUAUGGUUUGAGGCUACUGAGGUUUGGGAGGUAAAAGCUGCAGACUUGACCAUUAGCCCUGUUCAUCGUGCAGCAAUUGGGAUUGUGGAUCCUGAUAAGGGCAUAUCUCUCCGAUUUCCUCGUUUAGUUCGUGUUCGAGAAGAUAAGGCUCCAGAGCAAGCUUCAUCAUCUGAGCAGGUUGCUGAGAUGUACAAUGCUCAAAAACACAAUCAAGCUAACAAUGAAGAUGACGGUGAUGAUGAUUGAGGAUUUCUGAUAUGUUUCUCCUUGUGAAGUUCUAUGCCUCUUGGAUGUUACAUUCUGAAUGUUUCCCUCCCUAGGUAAGUUUAUUCACACAAGGCUGGAAGUUACGGAUAUCAUUAAUUUCAAAUGUGAAGGGGAUCUUCAAUUUCUAAACUUUGCAAUGUAAAUACUAACAUUCUUUUUCUCGCUAGAUGGGCUAAUUUGUUAAUCAAUUUUCUUUAAGCUAAAACCUUUCAAAUCUGUCAUGCAAAUUGCCACCUAUAUUUUUGAAAAUCAUGGAAUGCUUUUGUGAUUGUUGAUUAGUAUUGCUUUUGAAUUUG